AUGACAGAUGUAGAAGAUCAUAGAAUUUCUUCAACAAUUACUGUCAAAAGAAUUCAUCGUGCUACCAUUGAACAAUUAAAUAAUAUUACAAAGUCAAAUGAAACUGAAAAUGUCAAUACAAUAUCAGCAAAACAUAAUGACAAUAGUCGAAUCACUCAAUAUUCAACAGUCACAGUUCUUCGAGUACCAAAAUUGAAUGAAGUAAACCAGAGCAAUUCGAUCACACCGCAACAAAAGACUUUGAGUGCAUCAUCAGUCAAAUCAUCAAAAAUUAAUCAAGUCAAAAUCAUAAAAAUACCACGAAAUCAAUCAGCUAUAUAUCAACGAACUCGAGCAAUAAGUAUUGAUAAUAUAAGCACUAUUGAUUUGAACAAACAUUUGAUUGCAUUGCAACCAACAACAAAUGCCAAGACUGCUUCACUUUCUACAAAUAUUAAUGCACAUAAAAACAAUAGAGUAACCGUGACAAAGCUUCUCAGGCAAUGUACUAAUCUUCAAUCUCGUCCUUCAUAA